UUAAACCCAUCAACAUCGGCUAACCCAUUUCGCUGACACACACACACACACAUACACUCUCUUACUAACUUCAUGGAUAUAAAAAAUUGAAGAACUAGACCAAAGCUCUCUCAGUCGCCACCAAUGGCUACAUUUUGCAAGUACUCACUGAUUUCCUCUCUAAUCUUCAUAUCCUUCAUUCAUGGCUCUGUUUCAACAGAGUUGGACAUUCUUCUUACUUUCAAGAAGUCCAUUGAAGAUUCGAAGAACUACCUGUCUAGCUGGUCUAACAACUCUGCCAUCCAUUACUGCAAUUGGACUGGAAUCGCUUGCUCUACUACACCUUCACUCUCUGUAACUUCCAUAAACCUCCAAAGCUUGAACCUUUCUGGUGAAAUUUCAUCCUCAAUCUGUGAGCUUCGUAAUCUGUCUCAUCUCAACCUCGCUGACAACCUCUUCAACCAACCCAUUCCUCUGCAUCUCUCUCAGUGCAGCUCUUUGGAAACUUUGAAUCUGAGCAAUAAUCUCAUCUGGGGAACAAUCCCAGAUCCCAUUUUUCUGUUUCGUUCCUUGAAGGUGCUUGAUUUUAGCAGAAACCAUAUUGAGGGAAAGAUCCCAGAAAGCAUAGGGUCUCUGAAGGAACUUCAGGUUCUCAACUUGGGAAGCAACUUGCUUUCAGGUAAUGUACCUUCCAUUUUUGGAAACUUAACUGAGCUUGUUGUUCUUGACUUGUCCGAAAAUUCAUACAUGGUGAGCGAGAUUCCUAGCGAUAUUGGGAAGCUUGGGAAGCUUGAGCAGCUAUUGCUGCAGAGCUCUGGUUUUCAUGGUGGACUCCCUGAUUCAUUGGUGGGUUUGCAAAAAUUGACCAUUUUGGAUGUCUCUCAGAACAAUCUAACCGGUGGGAUUCCCGAGGCACUAGGGUCUUCUCUUAAGAACUUGGUGUCUUUUGAUGUUUCUCAGAAUAGGCUUUUUGGUUCAUUCCCAUCUGGGAUAUGUGGUGUAAAAGGUCUUGUAAGCCUCAGUCUGCAUACAAAUUUCUUCAACGGUUCAAUACCUGACUCCAUUAAUGUAUGCUUGAAUCUUGAGAGGUUCCAAGUUCAGAACAAUGAGUUUUCUGGUGAUUUCCCAACUGGGUUGUGGUCACUGCCCAAAAUCAAGCUUGUCAGAGCUGAAAAUAAUCGAUUCUCUGGAACUAUACCAGAAUCAGUAUCAAUGGCUGCUCAACUGGAGCAAGUUCAGAUAGAUAACAACAGCUUUAUCAGCAAAAUCCCUCAGGGUCUUGGCUCCAUCAAGAGCUUGUAUAGAUUCUCUGCAUCCCUCAAUGGUUUCUAUGGUGAACUCCCUCCAAAUUUCUGUGAUUCACCUGUUAUGAGUAUUAUAAAUCUCUCCCACAAUUCACUCUCUGGUGAAAUUCCAGAGCUCAAAAAGUGCAGGAAACUUGUCUCUUUCUCUUUGGCAGACAACAGCCUCACUGGUCAUAUCCCAGCAUCUCUUUCUGAUUUACCAGUCUUGACUUACCUUGACCUUUCUGAUAACAAUCUCACAGGUCCAAUCCCACAAAGUCUUCAGAACUUGAAGCUUGCCCUCUUCAAUGUCUCCUUCAACAAGCUAUCUGGUAGAGUCCCUUACUCUUUAAUUUCAGGUCUACCAGCUUCAUUUCUUCAAGGUAAUCCUGAACUCUGUGGUCCUGGAUUACCCAAUCAAUGUUCUGAUGACCAACAAAGACACCAAACCAUUGGUCUUACCACAUUGACAUGUGCUCUGAUCUCUUUGGCUUUUGCCGUUGGAACUAUGUUGAUUGUUGGUGGGUUUAUUGUGUAUCAUCGAUCUUACAAGCGAAGAUCGCAAAUCGGCUUAUGGCGUUCGGUUUUCUUCUAUCCUCUUAGAGUCACUGAGCAUGAUCUGAUUAUGGGAAUGGAUGAGAAGAGUGCAGUUGGAGGUCCUGGAAUUUUUGGCAGAGUUUACAUCAUAAGUUUGCCAAGUGGUGAACUUGUUGCCGUGAAGAAGCUCUUUAAUUUUGGGAUUCAAUCCUCGAAAUCUUUGAAAGCUGAAAUCAAGACAUUGGCCAAGAUCAGGCAUAAGAACAUCGUCAAAAUUCUAGGGUUUUGCCAUUCUGAUGAUACAAUCUUUCUGAUAUAUGAAUUCCUAGAGAAGGGGAGCUUGGGGGAGAUGAUUAGCAGACCAGAUUUCAGUUUGCAAUGGAGUAUCAGAUUGAGAAUUGCCAUUGGUGUUGCUCAAGGUCUAGCAUACCUACACAAGGAUUAUGUUCCCCAUUUGCUUCAUAGAAAUGUCAAAUCAAAAAACAUUCUUCUGGAUGGAGAUUUUGAGCCAAAGCUCACAGAUUUUUCUCUUGAUCGAAUUGUGGGAGAAUCUACAUUCCAAUCAGCGAUGUCUUCAGAAUCUCCUUUCUCCUGCUACAAUGCCCCAGAAUAUGGAUACACUAAGAAACCAACUGAGGAAAUGGAUGUAUACAGCUUUGGUGUUGUGUUGCUGGAGCUAGUGACAGGCCGGCAAGCUGAGAGAGCUGAAGCAUCCGACUCUAUAGACGUUGUGAAGUGGGUUCGAAGGAAAGUGAACAUUACAAAUGGUGCAUUCCAAGUUUUGGACCCAAAGAUAUCAAGUUCUUCACAGCAAGAGAUGCUAGGAGCUCUAGAAGUAGCACUGAGGUGCACUUCUGUGAUGCCAGAGAAAAGACCAUCAAUGUGUGAAGUCGUGAAAUCACUGCAGUGCCUUGGUUCAAGGACUACUUGCCUUCCAAGUAUAGAAUUGUCUGCUUCUGAGGUGGAGCAUAAUUAAAUCGGCUUCAAUUUGAAGAAUGAAACUGCAAAAAUAAUGAUCCAUGACUACCCUUUUUGUCUUUUUUCUUUUUUUUCACUUUUGCCUUAGCUUUGUAAAUCCAACUUUGGUUGAGUUUCUGAUGGGAAAAAAAUAUGGCUGAAUAGAUAUGUUGUUUUGGGUUUUGAAUGAACAGUAUGAUGGGAUUUUACAGUACAAUGUUGUGGUAGAGAAAAAGGAUUUUACUCUGUUGAUUUGGAAUACUAAUCCACCCAUGUGGUGGAUGUUUUUCUCGCCAUUAAUUACUAAAAUGAAUAUGCAUAAAAAAAUCAAGAUCUUUGAGCAAGA